AAAUCCCGCCCUCUACCGGAAGAGUGUGUGGUGAAUAAAAAUAUACACUAAAAACCCAAGCUUGGGGGGAUUUUUGUUGGUUUUAGAUGAGUAACUGCUGCCUUGCCUGUGGGAGCCAUCUUUCAGAAAUAGCUGCUUCUUUAAGCCUCAAAACGCCUUUCUGAGCUGCAGUAGGCAGGCUGGCGCUUUGGCCACAAGGCGGAGGUCACCGACAGAAUUGGCGGGAGAAUAAGAUUGGCGCCCAGGAGCUGAAGCUGCCCCGACUUCUUAAGGUGCAUGGACGCGGAUAUUUAAGAAUGAGUCAAACAAAAAUCCUGUUCUUCAGGAGCUCACAAUCUUGUCAAGAGACAUAAGGCAUAACCGUAUAGUUACUACAUGAGGAGACACUUUGUUAAAUACUAAGUGAGAAUUGGCCGGAAGGAGCAGUUACCGUGAACUGAUUAAGAUAGGAGUAAUGUGAGGAUUCUCGUUCUUUCAAAAGCUUCCAAGAGCAAAAAAAGGCAGUGUCACCGUGGUAACAGAAGAGGAAACUGGUAGCCUCCUAUGGCUCCUGUGAAGAUCAGCCAUGUAGUAUCAUUUUCCUCCCAGGAUCCCAAGUAUCCUGUGGAGAACCUGCUGAACCCAGACAGUCAUAGGGGACCCUGGCUCAGCUGUCCCCGGGACAAGAGUGGCCAGCUGAGAGUGGAGCUUCAGCUGGAGAGGGUGGUCCCCAUCAGUUACAUCGAUGUCGGUAACUGUGGCUGUGCUUUCCUACAGAUUGAUGUGGGUCGUUCUUCCUGGCCCCUGGACAGACCUUUCGUCACCCUCCUCCCUGCAACCAUGCUCAUGUCCCUCGCUGAUUCAAAAGAGGGGAAGAACCGCUCAGGGGUCCGGAUGUUUAAAGAUGGUGAUUUCCUGACUCCAGCCUCAGGAGAAUCAUGGGAUCGACUUCGACUGACCUGCUCACAACCUUUCACACGCCAUCAGUCCUUUGGCCUGGCCUUCCUGCGGGUGCGUUCCUCUCUGGACCACUCAGCUGGCCCUGUGAUGGAUCUCUCUGCCCCUGGGGGCUCUGGACUGAACCAGUCCGGGUUGAGCCUGUUUCUGAAUAUUCAUCUGCCUUUUGGAGUUUGGGGAAUUGAAGUUUCCUUUGAACAUAACACCCUGGACUUGUGGAAUAAACCCCUUUUUCUUCUUUUACUUGGCAGAGAUAGCUCUUCUGAUACCCUGGAGUCUGAUCCUAAGCCUUGGCUGACAAAUCCUUCUAUCCAGAGGACAUUCUUCCCAGGUCCCCAGACGAGCACCAAGGAAAUUUCAGAGCUCAAGGGUAUGCUGAAACAGUUGCAACCAGGACCUCUGGGGCGGGCAGCCCGCAUGGUGCUCUCUGCUGCCCAUAAGGCACCUCCAGCGAGUGUGGUAAGCCCAAAGAACAGCUAUGGGGAACCAAGUCCCAGUCAUCCAAAGAGUGCAGAGCCCAGGGCAGAAGAACAAAACAAGAAGAGUGAUGUGGGCAGAAGGAAGAGAAGGAAAUUGCAGGACCAGAGACCAUUGUCCGACUCAAGUUCUCAGCCAAAUAGGAGCAGGGCAGCAAGAGCAAAGCAAAGACAGCACCGACCUGAGACCAAAAAUGACGAUGGUGUCCAGGCCACUGGACAAUGUCCCAUUUGUACAGGCUCCUUCAGCACGGAGACACUUCCUUUGCAUGCUGCCACUUGUGGAGAGAGCUCCCCACCGCCUCCAGCUUCUCCCUCUUCUUCAUCUUCCUCGCAGUCUGUGCUGUGGGUGUCCUCCCCAGAGAGCUCACCAGCGCCUUCCUGGGUGCAGUGCCCUAUUUGUGAGUUACAGUUCUCAGCAAGAGAAAUAGAAGAGCAUGCCAGCAUGUGUGGGGAAGUUUUUCCAGCCUGAGCCAUGAAGUUCUGUUGACCCUUUACGUGGAGCCUGGGGAAUAGGUCUCUUGUGACUGAGAAGGGUUGGUUCUCCCUUCACCUAUUACCAGAACUCUGCCUGCCUGAGGACACUUCUGGACCAGCUUGUUCCCGAUUCCUGGUUGUCAAGGCUUUGUCACUAUGGUACCCAAUUCUCAGAAGGACAAUUUCCCCUUGGAACUUCUUUGGUAGAAUUGGUGAUCUCUCCAAGGCCUUAGGACACUAUCUAAAAUGUGUUUUCCUCGGUGAAUGGUACUUAUCCUCGUGCCCAUUUUCCUGAAAGGAAAACUGAGGCUUAGAAAGAAAAUGUGGACUGGAAAUAAUAAAGUCCGAUGGUGUUCUGGGAA